CUUCGUGUCUUUUUGUUGAUCAAAACGAAUGGAAUGUCUAAAUUGACCAAAUCAGAUACUGUGGCGCUGGGUCCUUUAUUAUCAACCAAACCAACUAUAUUGUGGAUACAUGACCCAAGUUCUUCUUUCACUCAAGAUGUCGUUAUCAAUCCGGAAGCUUUCCCAACUAUUAGAGAUGGUCAACUCUUACGACUUCAUUUUGUAAACAACACCAUUUUGGAACCUCUUAUUGUCAAAGCAACUUGUGCUGAUCGUGAAUCCUUAGGACGACAACACCAAUUACAAAUAUCUAUAUGCAAAGAUAUUGCAGAACGACUCAAACUACGAUUUCGACCAGAAAUAUGUAUUGAACUUAUUGAUCCUUCCUUACCCAUGGUUGCCUUGGAUCAUGUAGAACUGGCUUUCAAAGAACAAUAUCUAGGUCGAAGUGAUAUGUGGCGAUUACAACAAAGUUUGGCUGGAACUUGUGCCUAUUUAGAAAAGAAAAUACUAUUUGCUGGUGCAAUCAAAACGACUGUCAAGAAAAUGUGGUCUGCUGACAAAGAGGUCACUUCUGGAUAUAUCAGUGAUACAACUCGGUUGAUAUUCAGAUCAGCUUCAGCAAAGUAUUUUGUAUUCAUUCAAAUGUCUCGUGAAAUGUGGGAAUUCGAUGAAGAUGGUGAACUCUAUUAUGAAAAAGUCGUCAACAAUUUUUUACCUCAGCUAUUCAAUCGGUGGAAAGAACAGGGAACCAACCAUGUUGUAUCUAUUAUUUUAUUUACCCGAGUGUUUUAUGAUACAAUGAACGAUCUUGACGAUGAUACGAUAUGCCAGGGGGAAGAUGGAAGGUUUUAUAAAGAUUUUUACAAGGUGCUAGCAGACUGGGAAACAACAGAUGAUUGGACAUCGAUUAUUGGGCCACUUAAAGAAGAACAACUACAGUUUCAACAAAAUGUACUAACAAGAACAGAUAAUGGUAUCACUACUGUGAAUGGUCAAAUUGCAAUGGCAUUCGAAGGAAACAUUCUUGAGUCUGUCAAUUUGGCCUUGAAUCCUUUUGAUCGUCACUUCGUGGAUCGUGAUUUGAUGCGAACUGGUUUAUCUAUUAUUUUAGUCACUCCUGGUGCUGGAAAAUUUACUGUAAAUAAGAAGUUACUUCGUCUCACUAAUGAACGUAUGACUGACAAUGGUAUUGCUAUGGAUUUGGUAUGUUUAUCGAGACUUCCUCUACAUAUCACACCUCUUUUACGAUAUGCAUCUGCUCCUCCUCCUGAUGAUUGGCACGACGGUCCUGCUCCACCACCAUUAUCAUCAAGACAUUCGAAACCUACUACAAAUUCACCUGAUAUGAAGAUAACUAAUUUUGGUCCUACAGCAAGUAUGAUUGCUUCUGGUUAUCAAGAUCCUCUCUAUCACGAUGACAAAAUGGCUCCCAGUCAAUGGUAUUACUCUGUUCCUCAUUGGAUUGAUUGUAGCUUUUAUCAUCAUGAAACUGGUCGAUUCCUUAAACAAGACAAAUUCAAAACACGGUGUAAAAUGUAUGAAAUUCAAAUGAUGGGUAUUAUGGAAAGUGAUAUUGCAAGUGUACAUGUACCUUACUUAGCGGAUGAACAACAACGAUUAUUACAACAACGGUCUUCGAUAUCUACUAGGGAAAAAACACUUCGAUCACAAAAGAGUAGCGGCAGUUUGAACGAAAGGGCAUCACUAAAGACAGAUGACGGCGGACCAUUAACUCCACAGAAAAGUUCUCUUGGAAAUGAUGACAAUUAUUUAUCUAGAUCAGCCAAUUUCACAAUGACUCGACGAUCAUCAUAUUAUGGACAAAAUGAUACAACUCAGCAACAACAACAACAACAACAACAACUAAAUGAAAACUCGGAUGGUUGUACUAUCGAUGUAGACCAAUAUGACAGUUUGGUGUUUAAGGAUACCCUAGAACCUCGCUUCAGCAAACGCGCUGUUGUACAAUCUUCCAAAAUUGCAAGCAGUGGAAACAAGAGUGGAAUCUCGAAAAAUUCUAUGGAUGGUCCAGAAAGUGAUUAUACACGAACCAAUAUCAUGAAACAUGCAACUUCGACUUGGCAUCACAAUAAUGAUCAAAGACGUAUUACUUCCAUCUUAUCACAAUCUCAACAGACUAGCAACAAAAUCACAUUUGAUGAUAAUGUACGAAAGGAUGAUAGUAGCACCACCAAGAUAUCUGACCUAUUCAAAAGCUCACCUACUCAUCAUAGACCAAAUAGUGGCGGCAAUAGCACUACUAUCGAUGAUUCUCGACAUCGACCAACAAGACGAAAUACCGGCAAUACUGGUGAUGAUGAUGAUUCCGUCCUGAUUAGUUCAAGUACAGUGGAUCCUAUGCCUAUCAACAACAAUAGAGGAGGAUUUGGAGGACGUACAGAUUCAAGAAAGUCAAACAAUCAUUCUCCUCGUCAAACCAUCGUAUCCGGUAGCCUUCCUUCUAUUCACAAACAUUCUGGAAAUAGUGAUGUUAUUCGUACUAGCUUUGGUGGUGGUGGUGGUACUGGUGGUACUGGUGCCAAUCGAUCUUCUCCUUCACAUGGGUGGGGUAGUCGAUCAUCAGCAAAACAAACUACUGUCAAUCCUUGUAAUCCAUCCGAACAUGCUGUUCUUUUUACCUCUCAUUUACGGCGUUGGCAACAUGCUCUUCCUAAGCACGAUAGUUAUGAUGGUCCUGUGGUUUAUUGGAAAUCUUUGGCAACACCUGCAUGUUUACCUUUGACAACGGAUUACUUUCCCUCCAAUGAAGAAUUGAAACUACUUUAUAAUCAUUAUAUGUAUACAGUGUCAGCAAGUGAAGAUGUCAACUUGUAUCAAGCAGGCGAUCGGAACCUAUCUGAACUCAAAAAAACAGAAAUCUUACUUACUGAAAUGAUUAGUCAACGUUUGGCUCAAGGUUUUCAAAUCAUUGUAGACAUCACUGGCAGUUCCAAUUACCAAAAAUCCAUGACAACAGCGGCAGCGGUAGCAAGCAAAGUGGUCAAUCCAGUAUCCAAUGAAUCCCCCGGUAGUACUUUCGCCAGCAAUUUCAGCAAUAGUAUGUUCAGCAAUAAGGAUUCAAGACCUCCGGCAACAGGUGGCAUCAGUAAUGCAUUCUCAAAAGCAGCAACUACUCAAAAGCAUCAUACACCUUCUUUGAAUAAAACCACUAAUAUCACAACUGGUAUUGGUGGUACUCAAGAUGAUGGCGACAAGAUGAGAUGGAAACAUAUGGUAUGGUGGCUAUCAAUGGGACAUCAAGUACAUCAGCUUACCUUUGAUUCUUCGGGACAAAAUGUGGAAGUACGUCGCUAUGUACGAUUGAUUGAUUUUGAUGAUGAGAAGAUGGGAUACAAGUGCGCAAUUUGGCCAAAGAAUAUAUCUGGUUAUAGAAGUAAAUCAGUGACCUUCAACUAUCCUAGUUUACUUUAUGCUUGGAAUUACUUGGAUCAUCUGGUAGCUGGAUAUCAAGAAGAAUUGACGGAUAAUCUACGGUUUUGGCGUGCAAGAUUUAUUGUGAUUCCCAGGGAACAACUACCUGUCAAUGCACCUUUUAUUGCUGGAACAACUCAAGAUCAUCUCAACGAAGAAGAAAAACGAUUGGCAUUAUUUGAUACAUGGCUUCAAAAUCUUCGAAAAGCAAAAUGGCUCUCACCAAGCGAGAGAGAAGAGAUGCAACGGCGUAAAAAGAAAGAAAUUGGCUAUGAUUUUGGACUCAAAGUCACUACUAUGGAUCCAUCUGCUUAUGUUUCUCAACAACAAGGUACGGGUAGCGGAUAUAACAACAAUAACAACAGUACUUUAUUUUCCUCUAUUGGCAAUUUGGCUGGUCAAUCUCUUAGCUUAUCUCGUGAUUCCAAGUCAAAAGAUAUUGCUAAUGCAAUGCGUGAUCCAAAAACUGGUGUCAAGAUUAUGGAUCGACGAUGGCAUUUCAAAGUAUUCCGUGGGGCAUUUAUUGGUUCCGAAUGUGUGGAUUGGCUUAUUGGACAUUUUGAUGAUAUCAAUUCAAGGGAAGAUGCGGUUGCAUUUGGGAAUGCUUUGAUGAAAAGAUCACCUCCUUUAUUUGUAUCUUCUUCGAAUAGACAUGGGUUUUUGGAUGGUCAUUAUUUUUAUCAAUUCCAUGAAGAAUUUGCUCCUGGUCAUCAGCGAUCUUGUGGGAACGGCGGUAGUAAGGAUGAUCAUGAUGGAUCAGAUACGAAAGACAUUGAUGAAACACGAUCAAAUCUACAACAACGACAUGAUAAACCAACAACUGAAUUUGAAAUGGCAAGAUCUAUGAUCAUUGAUGUGGACCCUUAUAAGAAAAGCGAUCGUCGUGAAACAGCCAUCCUUCAUUAUGAUACCAUUCACAAUCCGAACAAUUGUUAUCAUUUUCAACUCAAUUGGCUUGGAUGUACGGCGCAACUGGUGCAAGAAUUGUUACGAAGCUGGAGUUUACAAGCAGAUCGAUGUGGACUCAAAGUGGUUGAAGGGUCAGUGGAGCAAGCUUAUGAUGAUUCUGAAAACAAUAAUCCAUUCCAAUGUCCUGUACCUAUCCCAUUGGCAUUACCUCCUCCUCCUAUUGAUGAUCUCAAGUCAGUUUGCUCUUACGAUGUACCUGAUCAAUUUUACGAAAUCGCACUUGUUAGACACUUGGGUUUUGUAUUGGAUGUGGAAGCAGAUGCUCAAUUUGAACGUGCAAGAAUCAAUGAAGGUGUGCAAGUGACUUAUCCAUAUAUCAAAUGUCCUUACAAGUAUGAUCAAUAUAUACAUCGUACUGGUGUCGCCUUUGUACAGAUAAGACGUGAUGGUCAAGGUUUCUAUUGGGUGAACAACCGUUUAUAUACCAAUCAUACACCUGCACUUGUCAGUCGACGACGUGAUCCUUCAACUUCUCAACUUCAACAUCCUGAUUACCUACGACGACAAUUCCAACAAUCAUGUAGCAACUCUUCUUGGUUGGCAUCCUUUUGGUCAUCUACCCGAUCUCGUCUGUUGAAACUUAAUGGUGAUGAAGAAGAAGAAGAAGAAGAAGCUAGUGAUCUUGUUGAUGGUGAUGUCGUUACUGUGGACAAUAGAAUUGGUCAAGAUGCAGACAAUGAAGCGACCAACAAUAGUGAACUCAACAUGCAAGAACAAAUGGAUCAACAACAAUUAUUAGAUGAUGCCAUUGGAUGUGGACUUCAAAACGCCAGUUUGGAACACCAGCAGCCAUUGGAGGAUGAUACAACGUCGAACAACAGCAAAUCAGAAAAUGACAAAAUGACGAAUUCAAAUGGUAAUUUAGUUAUUUAGUUUGUAC